AUGAGUCAGGAUGAGGCCCGAGAUGGCGAUGAGGGAAACCAGGCCAACGAGGCAGCGCCUUUCCUCCAGGCAGACGCCGAAUAUGGACACGUUCGUGCGGCAGGUGCAACCCGCCGACGACUCCCUAGUCCGGGCGCACUGCAAAAACGCCAGCGCCGCUCGCAGGGCUUCUGUCAACUGAGCAUCUUCAUCGUCCUCGUCUUCGUCUCGGCCCUGGCCCUCGCUGGCGCCGUCUUGCGCUUCUCACCCAACAACACCGCACCCGCGGGCGACUCUACCACUCACCCGGACCACGACCAUGGGGAUAACCACGAGGACCAGGCCCCCCACCACGGCGAUGCGCCUGUACCAGGCCAUCACGGGGACGACGACGUCGACAAAGUCGUCCACUACCAUGAAGACAUCCCCGGCGUGGCCCAGCUGAGAGACGUGUCCGAGUACGUCCUCAAUCCUCACUGGGAUUUCACUGCGUCUCCCGUCACUCGCGAGUAUCACUGGACGAUCCUCGAUACCGACCUCAAUCCGGAUGGUGUUUUCCGCCCCAUGAUGCUCAUCAACAACCAGUUCCCGGGUCCACUCGUUGAGUGUAAUGAGGGCGACACACUCAUGAUCAACAUUGUCAACAAGGCCGUCAACGCCACGGCGAUUCACUUCCACGGCCUGUUCCAGAAUGGAACCAAUGCCAUGGACGGCACCGUUGGAGUGACCCAGUGUCCCAUCGCGCCCAACUCCAACUUCACCUACAAGUUCGAUGUCAAGGGACAGUCGGGCACGUAUUGGUAUCACGCACACCACAGCGCUCAAGCCUCGGACGGCUUGUUGGGCCCCGUGGUCAUCCACUCCAAGGACGAGCGCACCCUUCAGGAGCUGGGGUACGCAACGGAUAGGGUCGUCAUGGUCCAGGACCACUAUCACAACACCACCGCCGAGCUGCUGAUGGAUUACCUCCAGCCGGACAAGGAGAAUGACGAGCCGGUCCCGGACAAUGCCCUCAUCAACGGCCGUGGCGUGCGCGACUGCGCCGACUUUCCCGGCCACCGCUGCGACGCCAGCAACGCGUCCGCGCCGGUCCUCGACCUCACCGCCGGCGAGCGUCACCGCCUGCGGUUCAUUAACGUCGGCGCAUUCGCCGAGUUUCAAAUCCAGAUCGACGAGCACCCCUUUUACAUCACCGAGGUGGACGGCACAGACGUGCACCCUGAGCCGUUUCAUCGCCUCAACAUACUCCCCGCGCAGCGGUACAGCAUCGUCGUCGAGACAAACUCCACAUCGGCGGACACUUUCUGGCUGAGGGCGAGGAUGGUGGCCCACUGCUUCACAUCUGAUAACCCUCGCCUCCAGACGGAGCUCAAGGGCAUCGUCCGCUACAUCUCGCCAAGCACUCGCCCGCUCCUCGACGCGGAGCCGAAGAGCAAGAACUGGGAAGACGCCAUCGAGGUGAUUUGCCGGGACCUCAACACCACGGCCCUCCAUCCCGUCAAGCACGCCACGCCACCGGCGGCCGACGAUUUUGUGGCCCUGCGCGCCAGCUUCAGGAUCGGGGCGUGGCGGCUAUCUCGUGGCUUCUUCAACAGCUCGACGUGGCACGGCAAUGCCACCCACCCCUCGCUGCACCGCUUCCUCGACGCCCCCUCCGACGUCCAGGCGCUCGACGUGCCGUUCGGCGUCAACGACCGCGCCUUUGCGCGCGACACGGAGCUCGUCCUGCAGACCACCGGGAUCCGCACCGUCGACAUAUCCAUCAACAACUUCGACGACGGCGCCCACCCCUUCCACCUCCACGGGCACAAGUUCUUCGUCCUCGCCCAGGGCCGCAGCGGCUACCCGCCCUCGAGCAGGGACAGCCUCGCCGCCUACCUCGACGCCCACGGCGGCGGCCUGCCCGAGAACCCCCUGCGCAGGGACACGGUCACCGUCGAGCCCUACGCCUGGGUCGUGAUCCGCGUGGUGCUCGACAAUCCGGGGCUCUGGACGCUGCACUGCCACAACACGUGGCACGCCGAGGCCGGCAUGGUGAUGCAGAUGCUGGUCCGCGGCGACGUCGUCAAGGGCUGGAAGGUGGACCCGGAGCAGAGGGCCAUGUGCGCGCGCAAGGGCGUCGAGAAGGGCAUGCGGCCCGACGACAGCAUCUGGUUUGGUUCAUUUUAG